GAAAGAGUUAAUAUCAGGUACCGCCUCUCUGUGGGCGGAGCUAUUGCAGGAAGAAUGCCGGGGAGUUCCAUGACGCUGCUGCAGCUAUUCCUCUAUUGAACAUCAAGACAGAACCUCUUCCGUCCCAUCCAAGCCAUGUCUGUAGGCUCCAGUCUCCUGAGGAUGCGGGUCCUCUUCCGGCCACACCUUCUGAUGUUACUGGACCACCCGCAUCGCGCUGUCCACACCUCCUGCGCUGCCUUCGCCGGACACAACAAAUGGUCCAAGGUCAAAAAUAUUAAGGGUCCGAAGGACGAAGCUCGGGCCCGUCUCUUCCAGAAACUUUCCAUGUUGAUCCGACUGGCUGUAAGAGAUGGUGGACCCAACCCGGAACUGAACACGAAUCUCGCCAAUAUUAUUGAGCAGUGCCGCAGCAAGAGCAUGCCCAAGGCCUCCAUCGAAGCAGCACUCACCUGCGCGGAAAAAAUCAAAUCGUCCUACUUGCUGUAUGGGGUGCGAGGCCCUGGUGGUUGCACCCUACUAAUUGAGAUACUGACGGACAGUGCGAAAAGGUCCUCUAAUGAUAUCCGGCAUCUUCUGAACAAACACGGGGGACAACUUGUUGACGGGGCUCAACAUAGCUUUGUGAAGAAGGGCGUCGUCGCGGUGAGCAGCGAGAACCGGUCCGGCAGCACCGUCACCUUGGACCAGGCCCUAGAGCUGGCUAUUGAGGCUGGAGCGGAAGACGUCCAAGAGGAGGAGGAUGAGAACGAGAAGAUGCUUCUGAAGUUCGUUUGCGCUGUGCCAACAUUGCACCAGGUCCGUGAAAAGCUCAACUCGCUGGGCCUCUGUACUGUCUCUGCCGGCUUUGAGUUCAUCCCGACCUUCAGCGCCCAGUUAUCGGACGAGCAGAUGGGUCAGGCGUUGCAGCUGCUGGAGGCUCUGCGGAACAACCUGGAUGUCGUCCGCGUGUACGACAAUAUUGCAUAGAUUGGUGAGCCUCCCUGGAGAACCUCUCUCGGCGUCAGUGGGAGCGGCAGAAGACUGUUAUAAGCUGUGGCGUGAUGUGCACCAUGUCAGAAACUUUGCUGCAAGGUCAAAUCUGAGGUGCUUUUUCUGAGCUGUUAAGGGUGGCAGCCAGGAAUGAGGGUUACUGUGCUGCGGAGGCUUCCACUCGUCUCCCCUGCUGGACUUUUCUCUCGUAGUUAAUGGUACCUUGCCUGAAGGCAGGCCCACACUGUGAGCAAAUCUAAUGGGCCCUCGAGCAGCUGUGGAUGUCAAGUGAGCACUCUGGCAAGGUUGGAUUUUGGCCCUGCUUUGCACACUUCUUCUGCUGGAAAAAUCCAAGGAGUGUUCACUACAAAGGCCUCCUUCUUGAAGCCGCAACGUUCUCUGGAGUUCCAGGACUGAAGCAAGGUCCAUGGACUUUUAGUCUUAUGGAUGACCCAGGAAAGGCCAAUGAAUUGAGGUUAUUCAUGAGCCAGCAAUGGCAUAGUUCAGGCAUCCCCAAACUUCUGCCCUCCAGAUGUUUUGGACUACAAUUCCCAUCAUCCCUGACCACUGGUCCUGUUAGCUAGGGAUCAUGGGAGUUGUAGGCCAAAAAUCUGGAGGGCUGCAGUUUAGGGAUGCCUGGCAUAGUUACUGGAUGCCUCACUACCCCUCACUUGACUCAAUGCCCAAAUGGGACUUUUGUUUUCUCAGGCAUUGUUUGGAGGUGUGUGGUUGCUCAAUAGCCCUGCAAGGGCAAAAACCUUUGAUAACAUUGUCCAUUUUGUAAGAGAGGAAGGCUGCAAAGCAGAACGAGGCUGAAAGCAGGUGUCAUGUUUUUAAGUGUGGUGGAAGCAGCCUGAAAGCUCACAUGUAUUUUGCCUUGGAAGACAUUUGUUGUAAAGAGGCAGAAAAUGGUGUGUUCAACAAGCCACGGUUCAUGUCUUUAUCCCAAGUGUUGCCUGCCGUUUGGAGAAAGCUAAUUAAAGUUUUGUGUUUGCUGUA